AGAUUAUCGUUCUAUAUUUCUAUGUGCACAUUGAUUCUGUAUAUAAGCUGAGCGCUCGCCGAAAUGAUUCACUUUGAAUUUGACUUGUCAGCUAACUACAGAACAGGAAUCUCUCAAGUGAUUAAUCAACAUGGGAAAACUCAUCGUGCUUCUUUGCUUUGCGCUUGUCGCAAUGACUUUGGUCAUGGGGUGCAAUAGACCCGGAAUGCUAUGCACGACAGACGAUGACUGUUGCGGACCAUUUACAUGUAAUCAAUGGGCUGGUGGUAGAUGGGGUGGUAGAUGUACCGGGAAAAUGGGAAUGGGACCCGUAGACCCAGCAAACGUGCAGGGUUGGGGACCAAGGGAUGCUGCAGAAUAAUCAUAAAUAAUAGCUCGACCUGGCCUUUCUUGAAUAGAACUAUGAUUUAAUCUUGUUUCAACUUAAAAAUAUGUGAAAAUUUACAAUAAUUGGAAAUACACUUGCUUAGUCAUUACCCAGCAAUAUGUAACCUAUUCUUCGUGUUUUAAUGAAUAAGAACCCUUUACUUUACACUGUCAACCGAAUGGAAACUGAUUUGUAACAGCAGAAAUAAUUUAUUUUAUAAUGCUAAUAGUUAUUUUAUGAAAAUGAAAAUGUAAUUGAUUGGGUUCUUAUAUAUUAGAAACAUACAUUCUGACGUGAAUUAUAAAGUAAAUAGAUCUGAUGAUCAACCAAUGUAAUUAACAAAUAAAAUUAUAUAGUAACAUCAAA